GCGCAUGAUUCCGAGCCGCCGCCCGCCCGUCGCCCAUACAUACCUCCCUCCUUUUUGGCUUUUCUCUCAUACUGAGGGAGGAUCCAGGAAGACUGCCAGUUGGUGACAGAAGCGGUAUGUUCCACUGACACACUGCAACAGCAAGCAAGCAGCGAGACACGCAGUAAGAAAAGUGAACGCAUCAAAACUGACAGUCGACAUGCCUCAGUUUUCAGACCUGGAGACGGCCAUCAGCACAUUGGUCACCCAGUUCCACUCUGCCUCAGCUGACAACGGUCCAACACUGAAAACUGAUGAAUUCAAAGGUCUUUUGUCCUCCCAGCUACCUAACCUGGUCAAGGGGAUUGGCACAGACCAGGGACUGAGUGAGAUCCUGCGGAAGAUGGGAGUAGGUGACGGCGAGGGAAUCUCUUUCAAGCAUUUCUGGACCUUAAUCCAGUCAUUAGCCACCUCACAGCACAGCCUCCUUGGCGGCCAGAAGGGCUCCUCAUGCAGCUGCAUUCUCCUGUGAAGAGCAUGCUCUCAGCCCAACACAUCAGCAAGCUCCACAAGUGUCCACCCUGAAAUUUAACUAACAGAGCAACAUCACUCUUCACAUCAGGUGUCGGACAGAAUACAAGGGCAAAGUCUAGUCUGCACACAGCAAACUAUUUCUGACAUUUAUGACUAAAACAUUACAGUUUCUAAAUGCUGUGAUCUCUAUCUGACCGGUUUCCCAAUGAUUCUUAUGCCAGUAUGCUGCCCAGCAUCCUUCACACCUGUUUAAUUUCAGGCUCACAUUGAGCAAGUCUACACAUUGCUAGAUCUUGAAAGAUUUUUGGUAUUAGAAAGGUUUUAAGAAUCAGAGUACAAUUGGAAGGAGCUUACAAUAACAUAUAAUCUAACAUACAUAACAUCCAUUUGCUGAUCAUGAAUUUGGUAAUUUGUGGUGUAUUAUUUAAUUACACAUAUUGGUGGUAGUAGUGGUGGACUUUCAGAACAGCUGUUAACACUUCUGCCUUCAGUUACACAGAAUGAACCCCUUAGGCUCUGUUAGGCAAUCCAGCAACAUAAGCAGCACAUAGCAUACAAGUCCAUUAUACUAACUUUGAAUUGAACUGGUGAAAAAGAUGCUGGGCAUUACCACAGACAUAGUCACUAACGUAGUAACUUGCUCUAAUUUUGUCUUGAUUCAUGGUGCCUCCAAAUGGAUUGUGUUUACUUCAGUAAUAACAGUAGGAUGAACCACUCACUGGUGUUGUAUUCACAGCUUCAUAAGUACAUUUCCUAAUAGCUCAAUGUGUGAGAAUGCUGACAGUUGUGGUGUACUCUAUCAAAUGGAAGCAUGGAUGUGAAACACUUAAGGUGCAACAUUGGCUAUUUGCUAUUCUGGAAAGGAGAAUGGGGUCUUAGGUGUCUCAGUUGCCUAGCAUUGGUCAUCUCACUAGUUAAUCACAUGAAUACAAAGCAUAUCCUAUAGUUUAUACACAAUAAUAGUGUAGUCAACUUGUCAACUUGGCAUUUAAAAAUGCCAACUCUUAAGUACCAUUUGAAGCCAUAUCAGUAUAAGAGCAUGUAUUAACAAACAAUCUGAUGCCAUACCAUUAGGAAUGUUUUAGUAGUUUAACUGCAGUGAAACAUUUAAAUAAAUUUCUUUCCUCCAUUGUGCAGAUCUGAUUUCAUUGUAAAUUAUUGUUGCAGUUCUCUCAAUCUGUUGUUGUAUUAGUAAUGCCAGUACCUUAAAAUGUUAAAUCACGUCUGAAUCUUUAUGCAAAUGACAUUAAUCAUCUCAAUUUGACCUCAUGUGUUAAUAACAAAACACAAAACUAUGGUUUGGAUACUUUCUAAAUUUCAGUAUGUUUGACAUUCAUCUGGAGGAACAGCUCAAAAAGCAUGCUUUUAUUCCCAUUAAGUUUCUACUAGUAAUGCUUUACCCUCUGUGAUCCUGCAUUUUCUUUCUAUUUAUGUUUUGUAGUUUUCUGUAUUCUUACCUGUAUUCUGACCUGUGUGACACUUAUAGAAAAAUGAUGCAAUAAAGAAAAUCACCAGAACUUUA